AUGGCCGACUUCGUUGCUCCUCCUCCCGGUCCUCCCCCGCCCAAGGUUCCCGAGGGCUGGGUGGCGCGAUGGAACGAUCAGUAUAAAGAAUGGUUCUACGUCAACACCUACACCAAAAAGUCCCAAUGGGAGAAACCCACCGAGCCCGCCGUCCCUCCCCGCGAUGAAUCCGCCCCUCCCGGCCCCCCUCCCUCCUAUUCUGCCGGCGACAGCAAGCCCGUUUAUGCAAGCGACACCAAGACCGACAACCCCUACGACAACCCCGCCAACCGCGCCGGCGGCGGUUCUUCUCAGGGUCAUUCCUACGAAGACGAAGACGCUCGCCUAGCCCGCCAGCUCCAAGCCGAAGAGGACGCUCGCGCCGCUGCGACAGCUAACCAGCGCGCUCAUACCCCCUCCGGUCCCUCGCCGUUCCCUUCGCAACUACCGCCUCGUCCCGAUACCAACGACCGCGGCAGCGGAUCUAAGGGGUCCUUCCUCGGCAAGAUCUUUGGUGCGGCGGGUAAGCAUAAGCCCUCCGGAUCUUCGUCUCAUGGCUACGGUGGCGGUGGUUACCCAGCCCAGGGUCACUCUCCGAUGCCAUACGGUGGCUCUCCGGCACCUUACGGCCAGCCUCAGCAACCGAUGUACGGCCAGCAGCCACCGGUUGGAUAUGGAGGAUACCCUCAACAAGGCGGUUAUGGAGGAUACCCCCCUCAACAAGGUGGUUACUAUGGUGGUGGCGGUUACCCCCCGCAGCAACAGGCCUACGGCGGCAGGAGCGGUGGCGGCGGUGGCAUGGGCAUGAUGGGCGGUGCGGCGCUGGGGUUGGGCGCGGGUGUACUUGGUGGUGCGUUGAUUGCUGAUGCGGUGAAUGAUCAUGAUCAGGAGAUUUAUCAGGAUGGGUAUAAUGAUGGCCAGGAUGGUGAUAUGGAUUUUGGUGGUGGUGAUGAUUUCUAA